UUCAGGCUUAUAAAAAUCGGAGAUUGAAAGAUGCUUAGGUUGAGAAGCAGCAGCAAUGGCUUCCCAAAGCAAUUCAUCACAUCAUCAAUAUCUACCACUAUCAACCAUCUACUUCAAUUCUCAGAUGUUGCAUCAACAACAUCCAUAAACCCUAAAACCCAAAACAAAUCACCCUUAAGCAGCUCAAUUGGUUUAACAACACGUGGAGCAAUAGCUGCAACUUCAGUUCUCAAUUUCUUAAGAGAAAGUGGAUUCAAAGAUACCCAAAUCAGGUGCCUUCUUUCUACUCCUGCAUUAUUCUCUUCUUCUGAUGUAGAAAAAACACUAAAAUCCAAAAUUAAAGUUUUUCUAGAUUUGGGGUUGUCAGUUCCAGUUAUUAAGAGAUCAAAUUUGUUGAUUCAACCCAAUAUAUUGUUCUUAACUAAGAAAUGUGGUGGCAAAAAUCAGAAAUUUCUAUUAAGUAAUGCAAGACAUUUCAAGAAUAAGCCUGAUAGAGUUGAUGAUGAUGAGAAAAACAGUCUUAAAGAGAAGGAUUUGAUAGAGAAAGGUCCAAAUUCACCUAUGGAAACUAUCCUAGGAGAAGUUAGAAUUCGUUUCAUGUGGACAUCGUUUGGUCUUGGUAUGACAUGGUUUACGUGUUACUGGUUUUCAGAAGAAUUCAUUUUCCUAUUAGCUAAACCAUUUCUGACUUUGAAUUCGGAUUCACAUUUUGUUUGUAUACAAUUGACGGAGGCAUUGUCGACGUAUCUUGCUACGGCGUCGACAGCGUGUGCUUAUUUUGUGUUUCCGUUGCUUAGUUAUCAGUUGUGGAGCUUUUUGAUACCAAGCUGUUAUGAAGAGCAAAGGAUGAAAUACAAUAGGGUCUUUCGUUUAAGUGGUUUUUCGUUCGCUUUCUUCCUGUGCCUUACUUUUUCUUAUGUGGUUCCGAAUAUUUGGCACUUUUUAUACUCCAUGUGUGCAACAUCUACCAAUUUGCUCAUGAUCACGUUACAACCUAAGAUUUAUGACUAUAUCAUGUUGACUCUUCGAAUUUCGUUGAUUUCGUCGGUCUGUUCCCAGGUGCCUGUUCUUUUGAUCUCUUUGCUAGAACAAAAGGCUCUUUCUGUGGAAAGCUUUACGAACAAUCGUCGUUAUUUAAUGCUUUUUUCUCUUUUCACGGCUGCUCUUUCCACACCUCCGGAUAUCUGGUGUCAGAUUGUCGCCUGUUCUGUUCUUUAUUCGACCAUAGAGUUGGCUAUGUUUGUGGCAUUGGUUAAACAAGUUCGCGAAGGAGUGGAAUGAGGUUGUUUACUGGCUGAUCUCGUCCUUCAAGGUUGUUUACUGACUCAUAUGCUCUACAUGUGAUGAAUGGAGAGGUACUUUCUGUCAGCAAUAAAGAGGAGAUUUGUCUUGUUUAUUUUCUCAUGCUCCCACUGUUCUUUAUUUUAGAGCCAUUGAUAGACUCACUUGUUACUUGACUAUACUCUCAUCAUGUAUUCACAAAGUUUGAUAUUCAUUAAAUUGACGUUUGGAACUUUUGUGUUAAUCUGAGAGCUCCAUUAUUGAAUUAUUUGGGUUGGAUUUGAAAGCUGAAGAGUGUUUUUCAGUAAUUCUUUUGGAUCUCUAUCAAGAUCAAAAAUGGAAAUGGGGUUUUGUUUCUGUUAGGAGUAUUGGAUGAUCUUUUUGGAAUUGCAGUUUUGGCAAGGAUACUUGGAGAUGGUUGUGUAAUGUGUUCCACUUUUAAAUUCCUGGUGGCUUUCUGGCAUCUUCUCUGUGGCUAAGAAUAAGAGUCCAGUUGUUAAGGAAAUUUGGGUUGUUGCUGCCUUUUGUACAAUGGUGGAGUUGUUUUCUCGUAAGUAGACUUGUUCUUGAGGAGUCUGGUAGAAGCUGAACAUUAGAAUAUGUCUUUUAACCAAAGAUUGUGGGUUGAGAUUGAAAGGUGAUAGGUGGUCUGAGCUUUAUGAUGGUCAAAUUCUGCAAUUCUUUGGGAUAAUGAGCAGGAGAAUGAAACUUGUGAGAGCAAUUCAGUGUGCUUGGGAUCAUCCAGUUGAAGGCUUUAUUAUUAUUUGCUACGAUGAUGCAGAAAAAGAGAAUCCAGGCACAUCAGGUUUUGGUUUUAUUGCCAGAAAUCAAUUUGGUCUUGUGUCAAGAGCUGUAGCUGGGGGUUUGGGUUGUGCUACUAACUUCAUAGCUUAAAUUCUCACUAUUAUGUUUGCUUUGGAGUGGGCCUAAUAGUCAGGAAUCAGAAUUGAAGAUGGUGUUGAUUUCGUUAGACUCAAGUGCAGCUAUUCUUUGCAUGCUUUCAUGGCAAGUAAAUUACUUUGGUGUGUCCCAGCAAGAUGGAGAAGAACCGGGAAUCAGUUUGAGGCUAUUGUUUCAAACAUUGCUACUGUGAAGUUAAUUUUUCAGCAGAUAGAUUGACCAAGAAAGGGGCUCAGUUGACAGAGGGAAAUUUCUUACUUUUGAUUCCAUUCCUCCUACUCUGCCUUACUUGGAAUGGCCUGAUCAAAAUUACUUUCGUUUUGUAUAGUGUACUCUGUUGUAACCGGUCAGGUCUUUCUAGUUUGUUGAUUGCUUUGCAACGUCUUUUGGCUGCUUUUGGCACUAAAAAUAAAAAUAAAAAUCAAGGGAAGUUAUUCAGUAUUCUGUUUAGAAGUGCCAAUAGUCCUGUUAUAUUAACUUCUUACUUGUGACUUACUAGUUUGGGUAGUCACUGAAAAUAUAAACUUUUUAAAUUUACAAUUUUUUAUCGUGCUUAUUGAUAAUUCAGGUAUUGGCCAGGGAAGGUCACCAUGCACAAGUUUAUCUGGGGGAUCUUCAGCUGUAUGUUUUGCGGAGCGCUAAGCAAGGUUCUGUGUUCUCAUUCUUGUUCUUCUCUUAUUCCACUCUCUUUUGUUUUCGUAUCAAUGUUUACCAUGCUUAUUUAUAUCUCUCUAGUAAAUUACUGACUUCCUCGGAAUCCCAUUGCUUUGUUUGAGAA